AUGAGCGGUAACGAAUACAACGCGCCAUACUACCCAGUGCCCAACAACGGUAACUCGUAUCCAGUACAGUAUUCGCCUCCUAGACCGAAUCCUGUUCCAGUCCAACCGCGGUCGGCAAACACCAAUACUGCGAAUAUCCCUGUAUCCAACACGGAACUUUUUGCUACGCCUAACCAUCAGACACAACUUCCUAUGUCCUCGGCUCCGAGUACCACGCCCUAUCAAUAUGACGACGCAACAGUUAUAGGGUAUGGAGGGGCAACAGAUUCACCCAAGCCAUUGGCUGGCGAACCCUAUCACAAUACUAAUCCAAAGAUCUACACUGACCCUUACAACACGAGUAAGGUCGACCUUACACACGACUUUACACCAGACGUACAAAAUGCAGACGGACGACAUGACGAUCCAAAUAGGUGGUCGUUUGAUAGCGGUUAUGCACGUCCACCUGGAUUAAAACGGUUCACGGUUGCAUGGUUCAAGUGGCACUGGAACCGGCAAGUCUGUGGACGGAGGAUGCCAAGGCUGUUAUACAUCCUGACGGGUCUGCUCCUCAUGAUAGGGUGGCUAACCAUCACCUUGAGCUUUACAAAUACGUUAAAAUACAACGAAGCGAAGAAUUCGGGCGCGUACGCUAUCAAUUCUAAUGUACCACCCGCUCCUGGAAACGAGAGCAAGACCUUUAUAUUCAUGAGCGGUCAACUGAAUCGCUUUGAUUCCAGCACGCGCACACUUAACAUCGAUUGGACGAUGUUCGGCGCCACAGGUCCACUCGAGGACAAAAAUCUGAGAGCUACAGAGAUUUCUAUUGACCGAUGGGGUCGUCGACCGUAUGCUCUCUUCCGAGACACAGUGGCUCGUCCCGACCGGGAUACCAACAUCACAAGUUACCAACCGUUCCGUGUCAUCAACCCAAACAUGAAGCCAACUGGGUUUCUUGGGUUGACUGAAUACGACACAAUUACUACCGAUAUUGGUCUAGGGCAAAAGAGCACUAGCGCUUGGAAGAUGCCAGAGUUUGGAUACCCGUUCGAUGUGUUCCAAGGCACAAUUACAUGGGUCGCUGCGAAUAACGCUACGAUCACGCGAACAGGACGAGCUGGUUCAGGCGUAUUUGCAUUGAGAGGUUCAAUCCUGACAGAUAGUCUUUUGAACGUCAAGGUCCACUCAAAUGUGACGGCAUCUUGCUAUAUUCGGAGAAGUGGUGGAUGCGAGCUCAUCAUCCAGCUUCAGGUUGAACGAACGGGACUGGUCAAGUUUUGCGUUCUCGCCGUCUUCCUCGUCAAUUGGAUCGUGACCAUUGCUAUUUUCCUUGUGACAGGCGAGGCGCUCCUUCUGAACCGGACGAAUAUCCUCAGUGGCACGGAUAUCCUCGCAAUCUGCUUCUCUGCCUUGUUCGCUUUACCCAGCGUCCGCUCCUUGUUGCCCGGCGUACCGGGAUAUGGUUGCUUGCUCGACAUGAUCGGCAUUCUACCAAAUGUCAUCAUCGUCGCUCUUUGUACUACCUUCUUUGCCAACUCGCGAUUACGGAUGCGCGUGCAUCAACAGCGGGAGCGUGAAGUCAAGGCCGAGUAG